AUGGCUAAAUCAACAACUUUCAAUUUUCCUUGGCACUACGAUUUUCCUCCGUUUUACACUAUACAACCAAAUUCAACAACUAGGGAAAAACAACUAGAAGCUUGGGGAAGAUUAGUUAUUGAUUUUUGCCAUCAUUUAUCUCUUUAUACUGUAGAUUUAAACGAAAUUUCUUGUAGUGAAUUAUUUUGUAAUCAGAAGUUAAAUAGGAGGUUAAAUUUAGACGGAAUUAAAACAGUUUUUGACUAUUUAGAACAAAAAGAACACAUUGAGUGGUUGGAUUCUAAAAAAACACGUUGUCACGUCUAUUGGAGAACUCCUUCUGAGUGGGGUGAUCAAAUAUACGAGUGGGCUUCACAAAACGGAUUAAUUAAUUCACCUUGCACACUUUUUGAAUUAACUCAAGGUGAAGAUACAGUAAAAGAAAGUUUUUAUGGUCUUGAUAAGGAUAUUCUUAUUAAGUCAUUACAAACAUUAGAAAAUAAACGUAAAGCAGUACUUAUGAAUAUUGGUACUGGUUCAGAAGGAGUCAAAUUUUUACCAUAA